CAAGCAGGACUCCGUACUUACGCCAGCAUUCAGGAGGAAACAUGGCGGCCGCCCUGGCAAGGAGGAUGUCUGGGCUGCUGAGGCCGCUGUCUGCCUCUCUGUGCGCUAAGACACCACAGGUCUGUCAGCUCUCCACUCUCAUCCAGCCUCCACCUCUCUACGGGUCUACUGCAGCCGCUGUCUGCGCUCCUCUGCGAGCUGCGGUGUGUCAGACACCCCGGUACAACAUCCUACAACGGGUAUCAGCUCUUAUUCCCAGUUUGACCCAACAACCAAGCAGGAGCCUUACGUAUAUCAGUCUGAAGAAGGGGAAGAGGAAGAGUGUGAAAUCUGUGACAGAGAGGUUCAUGAGGCUGCAUUGCGGCCUCUGGAUCAGACGCAAGGCUGGCUACAAGAAGAAACUGUGGAAGAAGAAACCUGCCAGACGAAAGCGCCUGAGGGAGCACGUAUUCUGUAACAAAACACAGAGCAUGCUUUUGGAUAAAAUGACAACCUCUUUUUGGAAAAGGAGGAACUGGUAUGUUAAUGAUCCUUACCUGAAGUACCACAAUCGGGUCAACCUCAAACUGUAAUCUGCCAAUUCAUGUAGUGACAUCUUCAUAAUGUUAUAAUGUUGUAUAUGUAAUAAAAUCAUAUCUUAGUUGAA